GUAAACAUUACCACGCUAACUUUUGUCGCUGUGAGGACUAGUAGUGAAGAUCAUGUCGUACAGUGCUAAAAUCGGCCCGUCUAUCCUGAGCAGCGACCUGUCAUGUCUGGGCAGCGAGUGUGUGCGGAUGAUGGAGUGUGGGGCAGACUAUUUGCACCUCGACGUCAUGGAUGGCCAUUUUGUCCCCAAUAUCACGUUUGGCCAUCCCAUGGUGGAGUGCCUGCGAAAGGCAAUAGGCAAAGACCCUUUCUUUGACAUGCACAUGAUGGUGUCAAGGCCAGAGCAGUGGGUGAAGCCCAUGGCUGCAGCCGGAGCCAACCAGUACACAUUCCAUUUGGAGGCCACGAGCAACCCUGGGAACCUCAUCAAAGAGAUCCGUGAGAGUGGCAUGAAGGUGGGUUUAGCCAUAAAGCCUGCGACAACUGUUGAAAUGCUGGCACCCUGGGCUAACCAGAUUGACAUGGCUCUGGUCAUGACUGUUGAACCUGGCUUUGGAGGACAGAAGUUCAUGGAGGACAUGAUGCCUAAGGUGAGCUUUCUGAGGCGUCAGUUCCCCUCGCUUGACAUCGAGGUCGAUGGUGGCGUAGGCCCUGACUCUAUUUACAAGUGUGCUGAGGCCGGCGCCAACAUGAUUGUGUCAGGCAGCGCCGUGAUUGGCAGCGACGACCCUCGCUCUGUCAUCGCCCUCCUACGCACAGCUGUGGUGGAAGCCAUUCAGAAGCGCUCGUUGGACCGCUAGCAUGACCUUUUGAUGACCUCUGGUGGAUGUGGUGGGUGAGGCCAGGCAGGACCGACCGUCACGAUUAUGUGAAAGAAGCCAGAUCGUAAAACAUUCCUGGAAAUAGUUUUAUACCUACUCAGAAGUGAAAUGAUCCCAAAAAAACUUUUUCUAUAUACUGUGUAUAUACACGCAUUUCUGGCAAAAAUCUGUGGGGAGUUGGUUUUGUUAAUUAAAAAGCCUUCCAUGUCA